AUGAAGCGUGAGGAGCAAGAAGAAAGGGACAUACUGUUUCAGACAGAUGACGAGGAAUGCCAAGUCAAUGACGAAGACGACAAUUCCGGUUCAUAUUCUCCAUUAUCUCAGAACGAUUCGGCUCCAUGGCCUCAGAGUUAUCAACAAUCUGUCGAUAUCUUGACCGGAGCUACACCUCCUACUACGACCAGUUUCAUUCAUCAGAGAGAUUCUCAGACAUCAAUCACCAGCUCUAUCGCCUCCUUAUACAAGAGACGACAAAACUCUUUUCUAAAUUAUUUUGCUUCUUCAACAAGCAAACAACAGCUUCUCUCCCACAAAGACGAUGAUGACUCAGUCAAAUCAUCUCAGGUCAAGUUAUCCAUCACAGAUAUCUCCUACGCAGAACCAGAUCUCUGCUCGUUUCCUCAAUCUGUUCUCAACGGAAUCAAUAUCCUAUGUGGAGUAGCUCUACUCACGAUGCCUUACGGGGUGAAAGAAGGAGGAUGGCUUGGGCUUUUUAUACUCUUCUUCUUCGGUAUCAUCACUUGCUACACCUGUAUUCUCCUUAAACGAUGUCUUGAAAGCUCACCUGGCCUCCAUAACUACCCAGACAUUGGUCAAGCUGCCUUUGGAUUCACCGGCCGCCUCAUCAUCUCCAUACUAUUGUAUAUGGAGUUGUACACAGGUUGUGUGGAGUAUAUAAUCAUGAUGAGCGAUAACUUGUCGAGAAUUUUCCCCAACAUUUCACUAAACAUCAUUGGACUAUCUUUAGAUUCUUCUCAGAUCUUUGCUAUAUCAACUACCCUUAUUGUUCUUCCGACAGUCUGGCUCAGAGACCUUAGCUUACUCUCCUAUAUCUCAGCCGGAGGGGUCUUCUCUUCGAUCAUGAUGGCUCUUUGUCUAUACUGGGUCGGGACGGUUGAUGGAGUUGGGUUUCGUCCGGGUGGACAAGCUCUUGAUCUCGCUAACUUACCCGUUGCGAUUGGGAUUUACGGGUUUGGGUUCAGCGGUCACGCGGUUUUCCCAAGCAUUUACUCUUCCAUGAAAGAACCAUCCAAGUUUCCUUUGGUCGUAGUCAUUAGUUUUGGUUUCUGUGUAUUCUUGUACAUAGUCGUAGCGAUUUGUGGCUACAGUAUGUUUGGUGAGGCCAUUCAAUCCGAGUUUACACUAAACAUGCCACAACAGUUCACGUCAUCCAAGAUCGCAGUUUGGAUAGCGGCAAUAACACCGAUGGCCAAAUACGCAUUAUCCAUAACACCGAUCGUGCUAAGCUUAGAAGAACUUAUGCCGUCGUCACAGAGAUCCUACGGAGUAUCUAUGUUUCUUAGAACGAUUUUAGCUCUCUCAACUUUGGUCGUUGCACUUACAUUCCCAUUUUUUGCGAUCAUGGGGGCUUUGAUGGGAUCAUUCCUUGCAAUGCUUGUCGCUUUUAUUAUUCCCUGUCUUUGUUAUCUCAGUAUCUUGAAGGGUAAAUUGAGUAAGACGCAAAUUGGAAUAUGCGUUUUCAUUAUAAUCUUUGGCAUUGUAAGCGGUUGCUGCGGGACGUAUUCCGCCAUUGGAAGAUUAGUAAGAGAAUUGAGUUGAUAUGGUACACUGUGAUGAACAAUUAAACAACGUAUAAGACUUAGGCCCAACUAAUUCAUCAUUUUUGGGCUUUAAUAGACUUCUUAAACUGUUCAAACCAAGUUUUUUGAAUUUUCCUUUUUUAUUUACAAAAUUAUUAUUAUUUAAAUAUAUAUAUAUAUAUAUAUAUAUAUAUAUAUAUUUUACAGCAAACAAAAUUAUUAAAUUAUAAUUGACAAAAGAUAAUUCUUGAGUUCACCCGAGGAUGAACUUACCUCUUUUUACUUUAACCAAUAGGAAUGUGCCAAAUACAAUUUAUUAGUUGGUGCAAAUUAGAUAUUAUAUCUAAACAUAAGUAUUUUAAAUGGAUAUCGCCUAGUGCUUGUUGGUUAAAACUGAAUAUUGAUGGCGCGUCUCAUGGAACCUGGGCUUGGCUUCAGCAAGUGGUGUUUGAUGGGAUGGUGAUGGUAUUUAGAUAGGGGCUUUGCGUUAAACAUUGGUAUAUGUUCGACACCACUAGCAGAGAUAUGGAGAGUCUGUUAUGGGUUAUCUAUAGCUUGGGAGCGAGAGAUUACACGUCUUGAGCUGGAAAUAGAUUCGGUAAUGGUUGUUGGGUUUCUACAGGAAGGGAUUGGUGAUUCGCAUCCUUUGUCUUUUCUAUUACGUUUGUGCUAUGACUUUCUCUCUAGGGACUGGAUAGUCCGGAUUACUUAUGUGUAUAGGAAGACUAAUCGUCUUGCGGAUGGGUUAGCGAACUAUGCUUUUACUCUUUCGUUAGGUUUUCACUUGUAUACUGAUCAACUAGAGGUUGUUAAACAUCUUGUAUUGUAUAAUGUCGGUGGGUUAGCGUGUUCA